CCCGCCGAGGCGAUUUCCCCCGGGACCGAGCGCCGGAGUCAUGAGCAAGUUGUUAUUGCACGUGGAUUAAAAGAAGCGAUUGUUGAUGAGCAACGUAGCAGCCAAGAAGGCAGGCAGACUGGAAGGGGGACGGCUGCCGCCAAAGCAAGGAGGACUGGUGGCUAAGCUGGAAGGAUGGAGGAAAGGAGCAACGAGAAGGUGAACCAGGCCCAUGUCCUCUUCGACCGCUUUGUGCAGGCCACAACCUGCAAAGGGACUCUCAAAGCCUUCCAGGAGCUCUGCGACUAUCUGGAGCUGAAGCCCAAGGACUACCGUACUUUCUACCACAAGCUCAAGUCCAAGCUUAAUUACUGGAAAGCCAAAGCCCUUUGGGCCAAGUUGGAUAAGAGAGGCUGCCACAAAGACUUCAAGAAAGGGAAAGUAUGCGCCAACACGAAGUGUCUCAUCAUUGGGGCUGGACCCUGCGGCCUUCGAACAGCCAUCGACCUGUCCUUUCUAGGAGCAAAGGUGGUGGUAAUAGAAAAGCGCGAUGCCUUCUCCCGCAACAAUGUUCUGCACCUGUGGCCAUUCACGAUACAUGACUUGCGGGGCCUCGGCGCCAAAAAGUUCUACGGCAAAUUCUGUGCAGGAGCCAUUGACCAUAUCAGUAUUCGUCAGCUCCAGCUGAUACUCUUGAAGGUCUCCUUGAUCCUGGGGGUUGAGAUCCAUGUCAACGUGGAGUUCCAGGGUCUUCUCUACCCUCCAGAGGACCAGGAGAAUGAGAGGAUAGGCUGGCGUGCGCAAGUCCACCCGAAGACGCAUCCCAUAUCGGAAUACGAGUUCGAUGUGAUCAUCGGAGGGGACGGACGGCGGAACACUUUGGAAGGUUUUCGGCGAAAAGAGUUCCGAGGGAAGCUGGCAAUCGCCAUCACGGCAAACUUCAUCAACCGCAAUACCACAGCGGAAGCCAAAGUUGAGGAGAUCAGUGGUGUGGCCUUCAUAUUCAACCAGAAGUUCUUCCAGGAUCUACGAGAAGCUACAGGCAUUGAUCUGGAGAACAUUGUCUACUACAAAGAUGACACCCACUAUUUUGUCAUGACUGCCAAAAAGCAGAGCCUGCUGGAUAAAGGAGUAAUACUGCAUGACUACGCAGACACGGAGCUCCUACUCUCGAGAGGGAACGUGGACCAGGAGGCUUUGCUCAACUAUGCCAGGGAAGCAGCUGACUUCUCAACCAACCAGCAGCUGCCAUCACUGGACUUUGCCAUCAACCACUAUGGACAGCCAGACGUGGCCAUGUUUGACUUCACGUGCAUGUAUGCCUCCGAGAAUGCAGCCAUGGUCCGAGAAGUGAGCCAUCACCAGCUACUUGUGGCGUUGGUUGGAGACAGUCUGUUAGAGCCGUUCUGGCCAAUGGGAACUGGAAUAGCCAGGGGCUUUCUUGCUGCCAUGGACUCUGCCUGGAUGGUACGAAGCUGGUCGCUCGGGACGAGCCCUUUGGAGGUCCUUGCAGAGAGAGAGAGCAUCUAUAGGUUGCUGCCUCAAACCACCCCUGAGAAUGUGAGCAAAAACUUCAGCCAGUACAGCAUUGAUCCUGUGACCAGAUACCCAAACAUCAAUGUCAACUUUCUGCGGCCAAGCCAGGUGCGUCAUUUGUAUGAUACAGGAGACCUGAAAGACAUUCACCUGGAAAUAGAGAAUCUGGUGAACUCCAGAACACCAAAGUUGUCACGGAAUGAGUCGGUAGCUCGCUCCAGCAAACUGCUGGGCUGGUGUCAGAGGCAGACGGACGGAUACGCCGGUGUCAAUGUAACGGAUCUUACAAUGUCUUGGAAGAGUGGCCUAGCAUUAUGUGCCAUUAUCCAUCGAUACCGCCCUGACCUCAUAGACUUUGAUUCUCUGGAUGAGCACAAUGUGGAGAAGAAUAACCAGCUGGCAUUUGACAUUGCCGAGAAGGAGUUUGGAAUCUCCCCCAUCAUGACCGGUAAAGAGAUGGCAUCGGUUGGUGAGCCCGACAAGCUGUCCAUGGUCAUGUAUCUCACUCAGUUCUAUGAGAUGUUCAAGGACUCCUUCCCUUCCAAUGACAAUCUGGAACUGAACGCUGAAGAGAAAGCAGCAUUAAUUGCUAGCACCAAGUCUCCUAUCUCCUUCUUCAGUAAACUGGGUCAGAGCAUCUCCCGGAAGCGGAUGCCAAAGGAUAAAAAGGAGAAAGACCUGGAUGGUUCAGGAAAGAGGAGGAAAACAAGCCAGUCAGAAGACGAGGACAGCUCCCGAAGCUACAGAGAAGAGAGGCCUACCCUGGUGAGCGCCCUGACGGAGAGAAAAAUCGAUGCCGCCAUCGGGAACCAGAAUAAAGUGAAGUCCAUGGCAACGCAGCUGCUGGCCAAAUUUGAGGAGAACGCACCCGCGCAGUCCACAGGCAUCCGGAGACAGUGUGCCCAGCCUUAUCAAGACCGUGCUCUCAGCCAGCCAGCCUAUCGCCAGAGAGAGCAGGGCCGUCUGGCUCCUAUACCUCAAUGGAAACAGAUGAGGAGAAAGGAGCGUUCUCGGACCUGCCCCAAAAAAGUGAUCAUGCUCUCUUCUUCCUCCACUUGCACUUCCUCUCCAUCGUACCCCAGUCAGCAG